ACCGUGUUUAAUUUAAUUAUCGUCGCUGGUGUCGCUUCUCCGGGAAAUUCGCGGGUGCCGCUUACGAUCAUCUGUACGACCAGGUUUCCGGUGAUCGUCGAAGAGGUUGCUUGGGAUUUUGAAUGAAAAACAGUGGAAAGUGGAAAGUUGAGUGUACGGGUUGAAGACGAAAAUGAACAAAGGACUUUGGUUGGCAAAGGGUCCUGGGCAUGUAGCUGAGGGAGAUGCAGCGUUCGACAAUCAUUCCAGCAUUGAUUCAAAGAGGCCUCAUCAAUGGUUUGUCAGUACUGGUGAUGCAGAGCUGUUUCCAAACAAGAAGCAAGCUACACAGGCUCCAAACAACAAAUCAAGCGCUGAAAUAUCUAAUGCAAAUGUUUCUUACUGGGGAAACACUUCCAGUUUUCAGUCAGUUUCAAACCAACUUGUUGACCGGUUGUUUGGAUCUGAAUCUUCAAGGUCCAUCAGUUUUAGUGAAAGGAACUUAUCUCCGGUUGGAACUGAUGACAUGAGAAGAAAAGUUAUCGAAGAACAUUUUGGAGAAGAUGCAUCUGCUGGAUUGUCAAUGUCUCAUGCUAUGGAAGAUUCUGAAACAUUUAGCUAUGGUGGAUAUAGAAAAGUCAAAGUUAAUGACGUUAAGGACUCCAACAAUGGUAUGCAUCCUCCAAAGGAACAUAGUCUUGAUAUAGAUAGCAAUAAUGACUUAUCUACAGCACAUACCUAUAACAAGGAUAGCCAAAGUAGUUAUAUGACGAUGGGGCAGGCUUACAACAAGGAGGAUGACAAUGUUACAUUGAUGGGUCAUACCCAUUGCAGGGACGAUGUACAUAUAAGAUCAACAGGCCCAGGUUAUGGCAAGGUUGACAAUGGUGCCAUAUCUUUUUCUGACACCUAUCGAAAAGAGGAUGCCAAUAUAAUAUCUUUUGUUGGAUUUGAUGAUGAACAUGAUAUCAUCCCUGUGGGGCAGCCCAAUAGUGGCUAUGGCCCACUAUACUCUUCAGUUCAAACUUCUGAAGCAGUCUCUGGAAAGCAGUUGAAUGCAUCAAAUAUGAAUGCAGCAGUUGCAGGCGUGCCUCAAGUUACUAAAUCAAAACCUGAAUCUGUCUCCAAGAAUAAACCAGAGUUGAAAUGUUCCAGGAAAGAAGCUCCAAACAGCUUCCCUUCAAACGUUAGAAGCUUGAUAUCAACUGGUAUGCUAGAUGGGGUCCCUGUGAAGUAUGUUUCUUUGUCUCAGGAGGAGCUUUGUGGAAUUAUAAAAGGCUCUGGUUAUCUUUGUGGCUGUCAAUCAUGUAAUUACUCCAAGGUGCUAAAUGCUUAUGAAUUUGAGCGCCAUGCUGGUUGCAAAACAAAGCAUCCGAACAAUCACAUAUACUUUGAGAAUGGAAAAACUAUUUAUCAAAUAGUACAAGAAUUAAGGAGCACUCCUGAGAGCUUGUUAUUUGAUACAAUUCAAACUGUUUUUGGUGCACCUAUUAAUCAGAAAUCUUUUCGCGUUUGGAAAGAGUCAUUUCAAGCAGCGACUCGGGAGCUUCAGCGAAUUUAUGGAAAGGAAGAACUAAACCUGUAGUAUGUGUAUCUGGCAUUUGGAAAGAUGUAAGAUAGAAUAAUCUCUUUGUGCAUAGUAACCAGUGUUUGGGUGGUAAUUAUUCUAAUGAUGAGCCAACUGAAGGUUUUUAUUAGAUUGGCGCACAAUGGUUUAGGACUUAUAAUUCUGCCUCUCGGUUCACGGAGACAAGUUAUUUUGAUACAGGUGUGUAGUUAAGAAUACUAGAGGAGAGCUCGUGUGAUUUAGUUCGGAGAUUUAGACCUUAUGUGGACUCACUGUGUCACAUUUCGGUGUCAUGGAAAUUAUCGUGGCACCCCUUCAAUGUAACAAUCCUUGGUUCGCUCUAGUGUCACAUAUUGUUUUAUAUACUUAUAAUGUGACAUUACUCUUAAUUUUAGCACUUUUUCAUGGUGAUAACUAUAACAUUGUCUUUCUGUUUCA